AUGUCCAGUGCCGCCGACAGGACGGAUAUGUGUGCGCAACGAGUCUCUUCGCCGUGGCGUUCCCAACCGCCUAAACAAAAAGAGGGGUACAUCGAGCGCGCCUUUGGCGCCAGCCAUUGUCCGAUCUUUGGAGCCGUUUUCGUGGCACCAGAGGAUGCCGUGGAGCUCGCCAUCCAAUAUGACGCUCUUACCAUCGUCAUGGCUCUCUUGGACGGCUCCGGCUGGGAAGCACAGGGCAAUUCCCGGCAGCCAUUAGCACCAAUGUCCACCAAUCGACGACAAGUUACGUUGCACCAUUUCACCAGCCCACAGUCCACCGCCUCGCUCAAGCGCACCCACACCAGCCUGUCCGUUCCUGCGCCUGCUCCAGGCGGCGAAAAUCAGAACACCAAGCGCCACAAGUGUUCUACAUCCAAGGACGUUCCCGACCGUGCCGGGAAGGGGCCCGAACACGAAGAUCCGGCCACAUGCAACAAUGACAAUACUUCCAACGCCCCUUUCCUUGAGCAUAUAGACGGCGAAGGGGGCUGUUGUUUAGGUGAUCAUGAGGGCACCCCCCGAUGUGACCAUGAUGCCAAUGACGACGAUGAAACCGAAGAAUCUGAUGACGGCUCCAACAAUGGCUCUGACGACGAGUACGACAGCGAAGAGGACGAUGGUGAAGAAGCGGAUGCGAUGCCGCUCAUUGCUGAAGUUCUUCACGAACUUGAACAGAACGACGACAAGUAUGAAGGCAAUGAUCACGAUAACAUUGAGCCGGAAGAUACCAACCCUGGGACGUUGGGGAUAUCAACAGAGAAGCGCGACCCCCCAGCUCAGCUUACCAACAACAUGAAAGCCAGGCUCGAGCAGAAGUACCCCUUGACAGACCACCUGCAAGACACUCGGCCAUUGACGGAAGACGGGGAGCGAUUUGUCCGGAUGUUCACGGAUCUUGUUUGCAAUUACCACGAGCUUGUCCUGGGGAUACUCGCCACAUCCCUCCGCGGCAACCCCAAUGGGCAGCAAGAAAUUGCACCAACGAUUUGGGGAGUGAUCAGGGCGUGGGACCCGAAAAGGCUUGCGCGAAUGAUUAUUGCAGGUAUCCCGCGGGAAAUUCAAGAGCUGGGCGGGAAGUCAGACGUGUCCCUCUCCGACCUCUUGAGGUCGAGCUGCAAACUUCCAUUCCGGGAACAUCGCUGGGGGGCCUACAUGGACGUUCUUGCAGCGCUGGAUGUAGCGCAAGAUCCCGAACUCUACAUCGGCACGAGUACGAACGGGAACGGUGGAAUCAGCACAAGGGUGCGCAGGUACCACAUUUUACACCACUUCGGCCAUCGUCAACAGUUCAAGAAAAUCGGAAAGGACUCGCACGAGGGCCAGAUCGUCGCGGGCCGAGCACCUCACGUUUUGGCCUUGGUUCUAUUCGAGCCGUCGCAGCCUGGCGCUGGUCUCCUUGCACGAAUGGCGGAGUUAUUCAUGUGCAUGUUUUGGGGUACCCUGCCCGAGAAGCCGUCAUGCGCGCUUGACAGACCUGGUUCUAAUGGGUGUGGCAAGUCGGACUUCUCGGAAGUUGGACCUUUGUCAAGGUGGCCGGCCAUCCGCCCUGGGAUCCACGAGAGCUUACGAAAACUCUCGAGGCAGGCAUCCCAAGAGCUAUCAAAGGACUAG